CUAAGAACACCAGCACACAGCACACACUGGGAUAACAAACCAGCAGGGAGGAGGUUAUCAGAGGAUUGGACAGAAAAGCUGAAAGUGAGGAGAUACCUGGAAUGGCUGAGGACAAAGUCACGUCACACACAUCCUGACAACAGCUUAAUAUAGCUGCACUUAAUCUGAUUUAACGUAAUUAGGAUUUGACACCGAGAUCUGGGACACAACAAGGCAGAGGAUCCACGAAGCACAGAAACAGGACCUUAAUGACACGGACAGAAUACCAGCGUGGUGUUCACACUCCCCCACUUGUAGAGUCAGCAGUCAGCAUCAGCAUGCCAGGAGUGACCCUGCACGGAGAGGGACCUGCUACAGACAAGGGGCGUAACUUUGAACUAAAUGGACGUUGUGCUUCCAUCAGCCAAGCCAGCAAACCCAGGCAGGUCCUUGCUUAUUUACCACGGCCACCCACUGACACAAGCCGCUACCACAGCUUUCCACAGAAGCCAGAAUGUGUGAUCGUACCAACGUGUACAGCAGAGCCCAAGCAGGCUGUAUGUCCUCUGCCACCGCCCACUCAUCCUCCACUUCCACUCCCAGACAUAAUGCCCCCAAGCACUUAUAAGCGUAACAUGAGCACUAAUGACAGUUACCCUUUUCCAAAUCGUGCACGGCCAAGUGUGUGCAUCUCAUCUGACCUCCCCAAGUAUAGACGCUGUUCUUUGAGAGAUGGGGGAGUAGGGAAUGGUCGCUGGUAUCCCCGACAUGCCGUUAGCGUACCAGACAUCACUCAUGGACCUCGAUACCUCAACAUGCCACCUCGUGGAAUCUUUUCUGCUCCAGCUACAGGACCUGAACGUCAAAUUAAGCAACGUUGCAAACUCAUGGAGGCAGAGCACCAUCAAGGAAAGGCUUCCACCCAGCGAGAGCGUCAAAGGUAUGUCACCAAGGAUGGGAAGUGCCAGGUAAACCUGGGCCGCAUUGAGGAGAAGGGACGGUUCCUUUCAGACAUUUUCACCACUAUUGUUGACCUUAAGUAUCGCUGGUUUCUCUUUGUCUUCAUGAUGUGCUACAUUCUUACAUGGCUUUUGUUUGCUGCCAUCUACUAUUUGGAUGCUUUUUGGCGCACAGACCUGGACAAUGUGGGAAAUGAUGACUGGUAUCCUUGCUUCCAGAACGUGGACAGCUUCAUUUCAGCUCUCCUCUUCUCUGUCGAGACCCAACGUACCAUUGGUUACGGUUCCCGCAUGGUGACUGCCAACUGUCAAGAAGGGGUCUACCUCAUAAUGACCCAGUCCAUCGUAGGUUCCAUGAUCGAUGCCCUUAUGGUGGGAUGCAUGUUUGUGAAGAUUUCUAGACCCAAGAAACGGGCACAGACAUUAAUUUUUAGUCAAAACUGUGUUGUGUGCCCUCGCGACGAGAGGCUUUGUCUAAUGUUUCGUAUAGGUGAUUUGCGAGACAGCCAUAUGGUGGAUGCUAAAAUCAGGGCCAAGCUCAUCAAGUCAAGACAAACAUAUGAAGGAGAAUUCCUCCCACUUGAACAAUCCGAGAUAAAUCUUGGCUAUGAAACUGGGGAAGAUCGUUUGUUCUUGGUAGAGCCACAAGUGAUCUGCCACGUGAUUGACGAGAACAGUCCCUUCUGGGAAAUGGGUCCGGAGCAGCUAAUCCGAGAGCAGUUUGAGAUUAUUGUCAUCUUGGAGGGCAUUGUUGAAGCAACAGGAAUGACUUGCCAAGCCAAAAGCUCCUACCUAGAGACAGAAAUCCUCUGGGGCCACCGCUUUGAGCCCUGCAUGACACUUGAAAAAGGAGCUUUCCGUGUGGAUUACAAACGAUUCCAUAAGACCUUCGAGGUCCAACUACCACGCUGCAGUGCUAAAGAAAUGGAUGAUAUGCGGGAGCCUGAGGGCUCAGAGUUCAGUUUCUUCUGGGAAACCGGUGACUUUUGCACAGCACGUAGACACACAGUAACGGAUAACGCUGAAGAGGAGGAGGAAGAUGAAAACACUAGAGGAGAUAGAUAUGCUGAUCGUGGGGGAAGACUGAUAUGCAAUAUUGCUGAGGAGCGAAGCUCUGAUUUUAAUGGCAGUGAAUACAACCUUUAGAUGGGACAAACAUUAUCUUACAGAAACACAAACCUUCAUAUGACAGAGUGAAAUUAUAUCUAAAACACAGGCAGCAAUCGGGCAGAAAAAAAAAACGA